UAGCGCGUGUACACUGGCGUCUCCAGCCGCUCCGAGUGCUGUCUCAUGAACCAUUACCUACACACACGGAGCAAUGUGUUCCCGAGUGUAUCCCUGUGAUCGAGACAUCAUAUAUACGGAUGACGUGGUGAUGAGCCUUCCUGGUUCCUAUCAAGCUAUGAAUGUUUCGGAUUAGGUGACGCGGCGCGCGUCUGCAAACGACGGGUGGCAUCCAUGAGGAGUUAGCAUAGCACAAGUACAUAGAUAAGAACUCAGAUCAAAGAAAUAGGGAUAAGAAUUGAAAUGUUUAAGGCAUUUAACAUUUGUGAGAAACUACCUACAUGGAGACAGUUGGGUUACGUAAUCUGAUAUCGUAUAUCGUUGUACCAGAGACCAUAAAACCAUGUGGCUAUAUACUUUAUGCGGACUACCUACACACAUGGCUAUUUGUGUAUCAAUUAGGUAAACUGUACAAUUUUUCACAAAGUCAGCAGUUCAUUCAUCCCAUUUUGUAGAGGAUGAAACGCCUUUACGUGAGUAGGUACGUAUUGUGCAGCGUCGCGUCGGGCCGGGGCCGGGCGCCUACCAGCUGCCCACGACGGUGGGCUUCACGCAGCACGACCCGUCGCGCUACCGCAACCCCAUGUACUCGUUCGGCACCAACGCGGGGUACCGGCUGCGCGGCCUGGGCCCCGGGCCCGCCUACCGCAUCGAGCGCGUGACGCGCGACGGGCUCAUGUCGUCGCCGGCGUGGAGCUUCGGCGCGCGCUUCGCCACGCGCUCCACGCUGCGCACGCCGGGCCCCGGCGCCCACGCGCCCGAGCGCUGCCCGCCCAUGCGCGAGCCGCGCGCGCCCGUCUACUCCAUGGGCGCGCGCCUGGGCUUCGCGCUCAAGCGGCCCGGGCCCGCGCCCAACGCCUACGCGCUGCGCAUGGGGCCCGGCACGCCCGCCUACACCAUGGGCGCGCGCGUCGGCUUCAUGCCCAAGGCCAAGUCGCCCGGGCCCGCCGUCUACUUCCAGCGCGACACCAACGUCUACAAGUGCAAGCAGCCGGUGUACUCGCUGGGCGCGCGGCUGGAGGGCGCCGGCAAGGCCACGCGCACGCCGGGCCCCGCCGCCUACCCGCCCAACCUCUACAACACCAAGAAGAACCCCUACUCGUACUCGUUCGGCACGAAGCACGGCGAUUACGCGCCGCCCAUGAUCAUCAAGGAGGACACCAUGGACUGCCUGUGACGAGGAACCUGCGCAGUAGCGGACCUCUCAAGCGUACCGAGGCAUACGGAGAUAUUAUACAAAAACAAAUCGUAUCGAAGGUUUCUAAUGCAUAUGACACGUAAGUGAUGUUGUAUGAGUUUAAAAUCGACAAAAAAAUCGUAUAGUCCAGUGAACUGUAAAGUCACCUGUAUUAGAAAUCAAACAUGAUUGGAUUCAGAACAUUUUUUUAUAUUGAAUUGUGAUAUUUUUUUGAAUGGUCAAAUUGUUGUGUAGGUGCGGUUAAAAUGAUUAUUGUUCAAGUGAUACCGACUAUCGUAAUGUAAUUUAGAGUUUGUCGUAAAUUUCCAAUAAUGAGAGUAGUUUUUUGGAAUAAAAAAAUUGUAAAUCGUUUUUGAACAGUUUAUAUGGUGGAGUUUUUGUGAAUUGAAUAAACUUAUAUUUGGUAAGUA